CUUAUCAGUUCAGUUUCUUCGUUUUAUUUUUGUUCGUUACAAAAAUGCAUUAAAUUAGUAGAGUUUAUGUUUUUCGUGCACUCAUUGUAGUACGUCACAAUGCCACCCACAGAGACACUGCGUCCUGGCGAACGCGGCGGAGCCGGAGGAUCGGGAACAGGAGGUCCAGAACAAACAUACAUCAUCAGGCAAAGCAACAAAUACUAUGAGCAUCGCGAUUCCCAGGCCACGGCCAUGUCAGUGGACUAUUCUGGUCAGUGGGUGCUCCUCGCGGGACGUGGAUACCUAGCCUUGCAGCGUUUGGGACAGGAGGAUGGAUCUUUGCGGCGCCAUGAGAGACAGUCCAAGUACGAGGUGUCUGUGGCAGAGUUCGCCAUAUGCCCCAGUCGCAAGGAGUAUUGCGCCAUAGCGACUAGUCAGCACAUUGAUAUUGUGCGCUGGGGCACUGCAGAGCCCCACUAUGAGAUGUCCUUGCGCGGGCACACUCGCACAGUGACCGACAUCGACUGGCACGGCAAGAAUCCCAACCUGCUGGUCAGCUGUUCCAUAGACACAUUCUCCCACAUUUGGGAUUUAAGGGAACCCAGGAAACCAGCCCUAUCCUUGAAUGCAGUUUGCAUGUCUGGUGCCACCCAAGUGGGUUUUAACCGUGUUUCGGGAAACCUUUUGGCUGCCGCUCAUGAUGGCGAUUUACGCAUUUGGGACAUUCGCAAGGGCAGCUGCCCCACACACUACAUCACAGCGCAUUUAAAUAGAGUGCACGGCAUCAAUUGGAGCCACAAAAGAGAGACCUGUUUGGCCACCGCAAGUCAGGAUGGAACGGUGAAGUACUUCGACGUAUGCAAUCCUCGCAGGGCUGAGAAGAUAAUCACUACAAUGUCGCCAGUAUGGAGAGCAAGAUACACGCCCAUUGGCAACGGAUUAGUAAGCAUUGUGGUGCCUCACUUGGGUCGCGGUGAGAAUAGUUUACUACUCUGGAGCAACAGUAAGCAAACGGAUCCUAUUUGCUCCUUUGUGGGUCAUACCGAUGUCAUACUUGAUUUUGCCUGGCGUCCAAAUCGGGAGAGCUCCACGGAAAUAGAACUUGUUACAUGGUCCAGGGAUCGUACCCUGAGAGUCUGGAAAAUUGACGACAAUAUGCUGAAGCUUUGCGAACCGUCUGCGGAGGAAGAAGAAACCCGUUUUGAGCCUGACCUUAGUGAAUUAAGAGUGCCCACUCCUCCAGAAUUCCUGCAUCCACGUUCGAUUUUGGUUGCCGCCUCAUUGCCCAUUUCCACUGGUGACGGAGCAUCCAACACGCUGCCGAUGGCCCGCUCUCCUAGUUUUGGAGGCGGUUAUUAUCGAAGAGAGGAGCCACACAUAGCCAGAUCUCUGACCGAUCAACCCACAUGCUCGCUUCACCACGAGUUCUCGCUACUCAACACAAACAUGCCUCAUGUGGAGGUGGACACGCUAGACGCUAUUAAGCGUUACGCCUGUUUCAAGAUUUGCGCCGGGGGACACACCGUUAUUUUACAAGUGACAUUCGCGACUUCUUAUCCUAGUCCCAGUGCACCGCCUGAUUUCCAGUUUUGUCAAGGUACCACUCUUUCCAACGAUGUGAGUGGCGUGUUGCUUAAGGUGCUUCGUUGUAAUGCCUUGCAGCGGGUCAAAAAAUCCCGCACAUGUCUAGAACAAUGCCUACGUGCCCUGGUGGCGGCUAUGAAAAAGAAAGUAGCAGCGGUUGGUGGAGCAGACCGUAGCCAGUUGCUCCUACAAUCGCCUCGGUUGGAAGGAGCUCUGUCCAGCACCCUGCACGAUGCCUGCAUUCCAUAUCCCAGAACAUCUGGGGUACAUUUCAAUGCCAUUGGUAUGCUGACCACCUUCGCCCAGCCGGUACACAACAAAAGGCUAACCCUGCGCCAGCACACAUCCCUGACACCGAGGACUUUCUCAGCAAUAAAUGGCAGUGGGCUGCUAGGCAAUGUAAUGGCAACUGCUCAGCGGGACGCAAAUGCCUCAUUUUAUCUUCAGGAGCGAAUGAUUUCGGGAAAACCUGGAAAGCAGCGAGCCAUCCGGCAAAUGAACGGAAGUCCCGUAGUUCAUGUAUAUGACACAAGCAGCCUUCUCCAUAUUAAUCGCGGCAUGGCCAGAGAGUUCUCCUUAGAUAAACUCAACAUAGCGGAGACUUGUCGUAAAAAUGGAGAAAUCUGUCGAAAGCAUGGGCGAUUGGAUUUGGUGCCCGUUUGGCUAUUAGCAGAACUGAUAGCCACACCUCAAGUCCCUCAUGAAACUCUUAACGAGUUGCUGUUCUACAAGGAUCCCUUCAAGAAAUCUCUAUUAGAAUCACUUAUUAUGCAUUAUGCCACCUCCGGCGACAUACAAACUGCAGUCCUUUUAGCUUGUUUAUUUGACAAGUGCCCUACGGGUGGAAACGCUAUCAUGGAGAUGGCCGUUCGUCUUCCACCACAGCUGAACUCGCAAAUUUCACCCUAUCACACGGUACUACCGCUGGACGUCAAAUCUUCUUCGUCAUCCAACACUUGGCAACAAUUAAAGCAACUUCGGAGCAACUCUUGGUCAGACUCCUUUGAUCUGGAGGUGAAACAAGUCCAGUCUGAUGCAUAUCCUUGCUCAUUAAUCAGACGCGCCAAAGUGCCACUGUUUGAUCAAUUUAAGCGCGCUUACGCCGAAGUUCUCUUCGGUUGGCAGUUGUUAUCAAAGCGGGCCCUGGUCCUCAAGCAUACACAGAAUAUGCCACCUCCUGUCCAGGGUGUGGAAUUUGUUACUGAGUGCGGUACGUGCGCCAAGCCCAAACGAACCCCAAAAUGCGAGCCUUGCAAGCGACCCGUACUUUUCUGUGUGCUUUGCCGGUUACCUGUAAAGGGAGCAGCCAACGCGUGCCUGGCCUGCGGUCAUGGUGGUCACAUGGAUCAUAUGAUGCAGUGGUUUGAGAAACACGAAGUGUGUGCUACCUGUGGAUGCAAAUGCUUGGAACGCACGUCGGAGCUUCUAGCCUUACUCAGUUGAUCGGACAAUUGAGUGACAAGUGAACUUUUUGAUUUAAAUGUGCUAAACUUUCUGUCAUCAUUGUGAAUAUCAAAAUAGUUAGGUGUUUUUUAGUCAUUAAGAGAAAGAUUUUUGUACGAUUUUGCAUACCAUUUAAAAAUAUAUGACCAUUCACUAGCUAA